AUGUCGGCGCUCUCUCCUGUGGCCAAAGCAGCUUUGCGCCACCCCGUAGGACGUGUACGUGGUGACGGUAUCACCGCCACAGUAUUCGGAGCUACGGGUUUUCUUGGUCGUUACGUCUGCUCGCACUUGGGUAUUCAUGGAAAUGGAUACGUCGUUCCCUACCGUGGAGAUGAAUCAGAAGUAUCCCAUCUUCGUGUAUCCGCAGACUUGGGUAACGUUGCCCAACAACCCUUUCAUCCACGUGACCGUGCUUCGAUCGUAGAGGCCGUAGCUGGUUCUGAUAUUGUCAUUAAUCUCAUUGGUAAACAUUAUCAGACCAAGCACCUAUUGCCAUGGUGGAUCAAUUAUACGUACGAUGAUGUGCAUGUGGAUAUUGCCCGUACUAUUGCUGAGGUGGCAAAGGAAGCAGGUGUGCCUCGCAUGGUGCACGUGUCAUCUUUGCUAGCUCAGCCCAACUCCCCAUCUCUGUGGGCUGCUUCGAAAUUUCGUGGUGAGGUCGCUGUUCGCAAAGCAUUUCCGGAAGCUAAUAUUGUACGACCAUCCAAUAUGUUUGGUCCGGAAGACCGGCUAUUGGUCUGGAUUGGUAAUCGCCUUAAUUAUGGUGGUGUGCCUGUUGUGGACAAUGGUGAUGCUGUGAUCCAACCCGUGUUUGUCAAUGACGUGGCUAAAGCGAUCUACCAUAUCACGCAGGACGAUACGAUUCAGGGCAAGACUUUUGAGCUCGUUGGUGACGAGGAGUUCACGUACAAGGAAUUGGCUGACUACGUGUUUGACGUGACGAAACGUAAUUCAAGAUUGAUCAAUCUGCCACUUCCCGUGGCUCAGGCCAUCGGCUACUUCUGUGAGCAGUUCCCGGACCCGAAAUUCACACGUGAUUGGGCUACGCGUCUUAGCAUGAAUGAGGUCAAGACGUCAGUUUUGCCUGGUCUGCGGGAGUUGGACAUUGAGCCGACCAAGUUGGAAAAGGAAGCACCCAAUUUCCUUCUUAAGUUCAACGCUGGUGGCCAUUUCCAGGAGGUGUCUGGCUACCAUUAA